UAUUUAGCAGCCAUGCAGCUAGCAUUAGCAUUAGCACUACAAGCAUGUUGGGUGUGUAUUAGCCAUGCGAUUCAGAACUCUCCAGCCUCCUGGGGUCACUAUGAUGUCUGCAAAUCACAGCUUUACACGGAUAAUGGACUUGUGUGGCAUUACAUGGCCUGUCAGCCAGAAUCCACCAACAUGAACAAAUACGUAAAAGUGAAUCUGGAGCCGGAGAACAUCACGUGUGGAGAACCGCCUGAGAUCUACUGCGCGCUGGAGAACCCGUACAUGUGCAAUAACGAAUGUGACGCCGCUACAGAGGAACUCGCUCAUCCUCCUGAGCUUAUGUUUGAUGUUGAGGGUCGAAACCCAACUACAUUUUGGCAGUCGACCACGUGGAAGAAUUACCCCAAACCUCUGCAGGUAAACAUCAUUCUGUCAUGGGACAAAACCAUCGAGUUGACGGAUGACAUCGUGAUCACGUUCGAAUCGGGUCGACCCGAGCAGAUGGUUCUGGAGAAGUCUCUGGACUACGGGAGAACGUGGCAGCCAUACCAGUUUUAUGCCACUGACUGCCUGGAUGCCUUCACCAUGGAUCCCCGGUCAGUGCGUGAGAUGUCUCAGAGCACACUGCUGGACAUCAUCUGCACCGAAGAUUAUUCCCGAGGUUACGUCUGGAAAUACGACAAAACGGUGCGCUUUGAGAUCAAAGACCGUUUCGCUCUGUUCGCUGGGCCACGACUCCACAACAUGGCAUCGUUAUAUGGACAGUUAGACACCACCAAAAACCUGAGGGACUUUUUUACACUCACUGAUUUACGCAUCAAACUCUUACGGCCUGCGACAGGAUCCACCACCGUGGACGAGGAAAAUCUGUCCAGAUACUUCUACGCCAUUUCAGACAUCAAAGUUCAAGGAAGGUGUAAGUGUAACCUCCAUGCCAACUCGUGUGUGUUUGACAAAGGGAAGCUGAGCUGUGUGUGUGAACACAACACAACGGGAGUCGACUGUUCACGCUGUAAAAAACACUAUCAGGGCAGAGCGUGGAGCCCGGGGUCGUACCUGCCCAUUCCCAAGGGCACUGCUAACGUGUGUUCAGAGUGGACCAGCAGGUGAGUCUCUCACCAUCAUCUCACACCUCUUCCUCACUAAUUACCAAUUCACUCAGCUUCUGUCUGUCUGUCUGUCUGUGUGUUUGUCUGUCUGUCUGUCUGUCUGUCUGUGUGUUUCUCUGUCUGUCUGUCUGUCUGUCUGUGUGUCUGUCUGUCUGUGUGUUUGUCUGUCUGUCUGUCUGUCUGUCUGUGUGUUUGUCUGUCUGUGUGUUUGU